GUUUGAAAUAUGGAUGCAGAUUUUGCACCUUGGGCUCCCAUCUGAAGUUUAGAUUCAGUUCAGAAAAGGAUUUGAACAUAGGUAUUUAUCCAAGUCAAAAGGAUUCUCAGAUCCUGAUGAGUUUUGCUAGGUACUCCCAUUAUCGUAUCAUGUCUCCUACAGCUCCUAUUGUCCUGCUGUAAGUUGUGUUUGAACAACAAGAGGGGCCAGCCUUUUCUUAGACACACUGUGCACCCUUUAGUCCUGUCACCUCCUGAAAGAGUUCAUAUCCUUCUCUCUGGGAAGUGGGCACCAUAUAGCAGCAGCAUCCCUUAACCUCUGCAGAGAGGGAUGUUUCAUAUCUCUAGGUGUGAACAUGCAAGAAACACCAGAGACAGCAAGAGCUUUGGCAGUGGGGAGCUCUAACCCAGCUAGAGACAAGAUUCUCCCCUUUCAUCAGCUCUGCCUUUUUAUCUCUAUGCUUUUCUGUCUUGCUCCCUCCCUCCCAGAGAAUUGAUCAAUCUUAUUUCUCUCUGUCUCUCUGGAAUCUUUCUAUCUGUUCCGGGGGAGAGGUUGUUUCUAUUUAUCUCUAUGCUUUUAUACUUUUCUUUCUCUGACCUUUCUCUUUCAGGGGAUUAUCUCUCUCCUUUUCUUUCUUUUAGGAAUCUAUCUACCUCUGUCUCAGUUGAACAGAUAAAUCAUGAUUAAUAAUGUAUCCCACAAAUUUAAAUCCUUUUUUCUCCUCAAAGGAUAGCCAAGAUUUCCUCCAAUUGUUUUUUUAAAGAACUGAUAGUUUGUGGAAUUUGUUUACAUUAUUGUGGCUCAUCAUGAAUGGUUCUCAGUGAGAUUCUGUCAUUUCACUCUCCAUUGGUUCAGCAUGACUGGUCAGACAAGCAGAGCAGUAUCAGUUCUGUUCCUGGCUAGACGAGUGUGCAAAUGAUACUUAGGUGAACGUAGAAUCUGGUUUCCAUUAGUGUCUGUUCCAGUUAAACCCAGUUGUACAAAUCUCUGUGAAAAGUGAACAUGAAAGAGGCACAAGCAGAGUCACAACAAAUACACUUGGGGGCACAGUCUUGUACCCUACUGUAGUGAGGCGGUGUGGCUCCCCUCCAGCCCAGAGGAGGAAGAGCCCAGAUGGAGGCCAGAGUGGGCGGAGCUAAAGAGCUCUGAGCCCGCCCCUCAAAGGGUCAGGCGCCGACCCAGAACUAUAAAGACCGGCCCUCAGAGCUCAGUCAGCCCCUAGCAGCUGGAGCGAGCAGACGUCCCUUAGGGAAUUCGAGUCUGGGAACCUCCUGCGACCCAGGGCAGCCACCCAGACUGGCCUGAGCUCCCCCGCACCCACUUCCCGGAGGAGCUGCCUGAGCCCGCCCGCACCUGCUACCCGGAAGAGCUGCGGGAGCUCCACCGCGCCCGCUACUCGGAGGAGCUGCCAGAGCGCCCCCGCACCUGCUACCUGGAGGAGCUGCCAGAGUUACCCUGGGCCGACUAUCCGGAGGGGUUCCCGGACCUACCCCCACACAGCCCCGGCCGCGAUGAGCCCAUGCUCCUGGACCCUGCAGAGGCUGACAUCAGGACCUAGCCAGUCUCUGUGACUCUCACAUCCUUCCGUGCAUGCGUCUCCCUCGCUCCCUUCUUCUCAUCCAGACAGCGAGAGGUGGAGGGAGGUCCACCCUAGUGCAAGGACCUGUCUUCUUUGCUGCUGGGACCAGCCUUCCAGGAGCAGUGUGGACCCAGCCCUGGACACUGACCCUGCCUUCAGAGUGGCCCGCUCUGUAUCUCAGCCCUGACUAUGAUGGACCUGAAAGUGGACGAGGAGGAGGUGGAGAAUGGCCAUCCAGUCAGUAUCCAGGCCUUUGCCAGUAGCUCCACUCUGCAUGGCCUGUCCCACAUCAUCUCCUAUGAGAGGUUCUCCUUCAAGCGCAUCAUCUGGACUCUCUGCUUCCUGGGCUCUAUAGCCCUGUUGGCCUAUGUCUGCACGGAGAGGAUCCAAUACUACUUCCUCUACCCUCAUGUCACCAAGCUGGAUGAAGUGGCCACAACCAGGUUGACCUUCCCUGCUGUCACUUUCUGCAACCUCAAUGAAUUCCGCUUCAGCCGUGUAACAAAGAAUGACCUGUACCAUGCGGGGGAGCUCCUCGCUCUGCUCAAUAACAGGUAUGAGAUCCCAGACACCCAGAUGGCCGAUGAGAAGCAGCUGGAGAUCCUACAAGAAAAGGCCAACUUCCGAAACUUCAAGCCAAAGCCCUUCAACAUGCUAGAGUUUUAUGAUCGGGCUGGCCAUGAUAUCCGGGAGAUGCUGCUGUCCUGCUUCUUCCGUGGAGCGGAAUGCAACCCAGAGGACUUCAAAGUGGUCUUCACACGCUAUGGCAAGUGCUACACAUUCAACUCUGGACAGGAUGGGAAGCCCCGGCGCAUCACCAUGAAGGGUGGCACCGGCAAUGGCCUGGAGAUCAUGCUGGACAUUCAACAAGACGAGUACCUGCCUGUCUGGGGGGAAACAGAUGAGACCUCGUUUGAAGCUGGGAUAAAAGUGCAGAUUCACAGCCAGGAUGAACCUCCCUUAAUUGACCAGCUGGGCUUUGGGGUAGCGCCUGGAUUCCAGACCUUUGUGUCCUGCCAGGAGCAGCGGCUGAUCUACCUUCCCCCGCCCUGGGGUAACUGCCAGUCCAUAACCAGAGACUCUGAGUUCUACGACACCUACAGCAUCGCGGCCUGUCGCAUUGACUGUGAGACCCGCUACCUGGUGGAGAACUGCAACUGCCGCAUGGUGCACAUGCGAGGCGACGCCCCCUAUUGCACCCCCGAGCAGUACAAGGAGUGCGCGGACCCAGCCUUGGAUUUCCUGCUGGAGAAGGACAACGAUUACUGUGUCUGUGAGAUGCCUUGCAACGUCACCCGCUUUGGCAAGGAGCUGUCCAUGGUGAAAAUCCCCAGCAAGGCCUCAGCCAAGUACCUGGCCAAGAAAUACAACAAGUCGGAGCAGUACAUUGGGGAGAACUUUCUGGUGCUGGAUAUCUUCUUUGAAGCCCUGAACUAUGAGACAAUUGAGCAGAAGGCGGCCUAUGAGGUGGCUGGCUUGCUGGGCGACAUUGGUGGGCAGAUGGGGCUGUUCAUUGGGGCCAGCAUCCUGACCGUGCUGGAGCUGUUCGAUUAUGCCUAUGAGGUCAUAAAGUACAAGCUGUGUCGCCGGGCCAAGUGCCAAAAGAAUCACAAAAGGAACAACACAGACAAGGGCGUCGCCCUGAGCAUGGACGAUGUGAAACGCCAUAAUCCCUGCGAGAGCCUAAGGGGCCACCCAGCCGGGAUGACGUAUGCAGCCAACAUUCUACCUCACCACCCGGCCCGGGGCACGUUUGAGGACUUCACCUGCUAACUGACGUCCGGAUGUACAACAUACACUACCAAAGCCCUCCGGAGAGCGGCCCCUGUCCCUGGGGGGCGUCCAUGGAGGGGACACACCUAGGGGCCCUUGCUCCUUGCGAGUGUGGGACAUUAACAAGAGUGAUGGCCUCAGGUUUAGGGCCAGGUGGCAGGCGGUUGGGUUGGUUUCCGACCCUGGAUACAGACUCAGCGCCAGCUGCUCCCCCACCUCCCCAUAGGUUAGAGACUUUUAGACAUUCUGGUCCCACCCCCCACCGCUCUGACUCUGCAGCCUGUGCUGGAGCUACACACGAACCGGGCUGCACCACAGGACCUGGCCUGCUCCUCCUUGGCUCCUCAGUUUGUUUUUGACUAAAAAGAGAAGACUCAGCUCUUUGGCUGCAGUCACACUGGGGGAAGUAACCCCUCUCCCAUGUUGCCCGUUCCUGUCCAUUUACCUGGUUUCCAUGUCUAUCCCGCAGCCACGCAUCGCACUGGAGAGAGACUUGGUGCGGGGGAGGGUUAUGAGCGAGCACGGGGAGGCUUGGUCCCUGCACUCAGCUUCAGCCAGCUCUCCACAGAGCAGGGGAAUCUAUUCGUACUGGAGCAUCACCUCCACAAAGGUGGGAGCCCCCAGGGCCUGUCCUCUGAGCCAGGGGCCCCACUGCUAUGGCAGCAUGUUUGCCUGGACCCCUCUUUCAGCAUUUCACCCCCAGUGUGGAUGGGAGAGGCUGAUGGUGAGAGCUGGAUCCCAGAAGCUUCUGCUGCGUGUCCCAUGUGCACCACAGCUGAUUCAGCAGCCACAGACUUGCUCUGAACUUAGUCCCCUGCCCCUGGCACUGAGUCUCUGAGCACGAUGGUCCCUGGGAACCUUCCCUGGCGGUGGGUUCAGCUCAAGGGCAGAUGCCCCCAGGUCUCCCCUGGCUCCUGUCCCCUCCAACAUGACCACGAUUGGUGUUCUGGGGACUGAGCUGGGGUAAUGAUAGCCCCAUUUGUGAACAAGCACAGCCAUCUUCCUCCCUUCACCACCAACCUCCUUCACAUGCCCCACCCCCAAAGAAGUCUCCUGCCCAAACUCUCACAUCUGGAACCUACACAAUCCAAAAGCGUCCAGAGAGGCUGCUGUGUGUGGACAGUGCCAAAGACUGUAACUUCGGGUGGGGGAGGGGAAUGAGGCCCGUAUAGUAGCCAUGCUGCAGGGUCAAGGAGGACUUUCCAAAAACCCUAAGAGGCCUCAGCCUCCUUUUCCGCUAAGGCAGAAGCCUCAUAGCUAAUAGGGCACAUAAAGGGAAGAAUCCCCCUCAGGCCCAUAAGCCCCCACUGUUGCACAGUCCUUUCCAGAUAAGCCUGCCAAGCCAGGCAGCUGGGGCUAGAUGUGCUAUGGGAGCACUAGGGUCAGCAUGACAGGCAGAGAAUAUGCUGAUGGAUGAAGCUUUACACUGAUCGUGCUGCCACUUCCCAUGCAAGUGGGAUCGGCCAGGAAGAGGAGCCUGCCCGAGACAGCCCACACUCCAGAGCUGCACUAUGGCUAGUCAGACCCAGGAGUUUUCUGGGGGGAGGCAUGCCUCUCUAAAAGGCACCUGUCCAGCUUUCCUAGGCCAGUCACAUGUCCUCCAGGCAGGUGCUGUCCCAGGAAAUGUAGGGCUUUGCAUUCCCAUCUGCCAUGGAGUCACCUGGAAGCCAGGCAUCCUCUGGAACAGCCUGAUGCCAGGGAAGCCCGUGGCUCAGAGCUGGCUGGGGAAGCUGGUGCCCAUGGGCUGAGCUAACUUCCCACGGAAGGAGGCUUCCAGCAGGACAGAUCCUGUCCACACGACCCUGCUUGUGCCCUCAGCUCUGCCAAUAUCAGCUGAGCCAAGCCCUCCACCAAGCAGAACCCUCUGGGGACUCGCAGACACCCACCCUUUGGAAAUGACCCACAGACCCUUCCCCUGCACUUCUCCAGAGGAAAUUCCCAAAUCACUGGCAGCUUCUGAAAAUGGCAGGCCCUGGGCUUGGUUUUUCAGCAGUGCCUGUCGUUCACAGCCACCCUUGGCCCUUUGUGUCCCAGAGUCUCUACUACUAGUGCCCAUAGGCUGGGCUGCGUGGGCGGAGCCAGCCCAGUCAUAGCCCCUCCAUGGGAUGCUGGUACAUAGAGGAGAGGCGCUGUGAGGUCAGUUUGACUUGUGUGUAACAAACCCAAACCCCUCUGCAGCCAGGCCAGGGACUCCAGAGCCAGACCUUGCCUGGGUUGCCUCCAUCCUUUUGUUCCACUGUCAGGGUCAGCCCCAGAAUUCUCAUGCCCACCCUGCACCCUCCACCACGUGACAGCUCUGCAGGGCUGACGUGCUACUUAGCUUAAAGAGUUUUUGCAAUGUCAUUUUUCUAAUCUUUAUUUACUUUAUGAUUAUUAUUAUUUUACUUCCUGACCAAAAUUAGGAACCGAGGUCAGGCCUUUGUAUCUAGCACUCGCCCAAAGACAAACGGGUCAGCCACGUCCAUAGAUUGUCUUAUGGCUCCUUAGUGCAGUUUCAUUCCUUUUAUUUUUUUCUUUCUUAUUUUCACUCUCGCGCUCUAAAGCUUUUAAAGAUGGGGCUUGGAUUUGGAUUUGACCUUGAUGCUCACCCGUUUAUCAUUUUUUAUUUGUCUGUUUUUACUAUA